CCUUGGAGAAAGAGAGGACUACAAUGAUAUGGGUCCCUGAUUUUAGCUUUACAAACGCCAGGUACAUAGACAACCUUCAGAUACAGAGGAAGAUGGAUAUUGUAGAGGAGUACACUUUACACCGAGAGGGAAAUGGAACAAGAACUGUGUCUAACGGAUAUGAAGUUACAUCAUACUCGGGCUCGGAAGUGUACAUCAGCCGGGAGGUACAAUACAUGUUCGUCUUCACGUGCAACUACAACCUCUUCGCCUUUCCCUUCGACAUGCAGGAGUGCUACAUGAAGCUCAAACUCCACGGACCUCAGGGAUGUCGACCGCAGUGGAACGUUCGUGACGGCGGCAUAAAUGUGUACGGAAACAGGACAACCAUUUCCGUGUACAACGUCGCCCCUCUCCGGUACACGUACAGCAUAUCGCCUGGGGACGUUCCGGAGAUCGCGCUGGUCGUCCUCUUCACCCGCAAGUUCGAGUCGUUCCUCCUCACGACCUUUCUGCCUUGUAUAAUCCUCUGCGCGCUCUCCCAGCUCACGCUCACCCACUUCCACCUGGACGACUUCCCCGACAGAAUUACCGUCACGCUCUCUCUGCUCAUUGUCCUGGCCUCGCUGUUCUCCCAGACGUCGAGCACCUUGCCGAUGUCACCCACGCCCAAGUGCAUCGACUUCUUCUUCUUUUAUUGUAUCCUGAGGGUGAGCGUCGUCUUCAUCUUGCACAGUUGCAUCGAGAAGAGCCGUCGAUCUCGGCGGAAUGAGCAGCAGACGUUGGUGUCUCGCUUCAGUCCGGGACGAAUGGAUAAAACUCCGAAGAAGAGUCCUUGUGGAUGCGCCAAGAACUUCAAGAUGCCUGAAGUCAGUGCGCCAGGAUUCAUUAAGAAAGUUGGUCUGUUUGCCAUCGCCAUCACUGACGUCCUCAACUUAUCAUGUAACAUUUACUUCAUUAUGCUGGACAGGAGAGCCAAGUUGUUGAGGUAUGAGUCUGCAUACGUAACGGAAGAGAACAUGCUCUAAAACUUGAAAGAAAUAUGUCUGUGAAAGAAUGCUUUGUUCAUAAGAAAAGAUAUUCGCGCAUACUAGUAUAUACAUUCAAAUGCUAGAUCAAGUACAAAUGAGCAAUGCACUUACUGCAAUAGCAUGGAUAUUGUCCCGUUUGUUUGGUGACCUUUCAUCCCUUGACGAUGCAAUACCUUUCUUUCAUUAUCUCUCUCUCUCUCUCUCUCUCUCUCUCU